AAGUUAUGAAACACCUAUCACCAGCACUUCCCAAGCUAAGUUUCACCCAUAAAAACCCGCGAAACCCACCUCUAAGAUGUCCAAAAUAACCCCAACAACAUCUUUUCAAAUCCUUCUCUUCAUGUUCGCCCUCCCACUCCUCAUCCUGCCCUUGCAUGGAAACUCCCAAUCUACUGAUUCAGAACAAACAAUCCUACUCAGACUCAAACGACACUGGUCCAAUCCACCCUCCAUCAACCACUGGACACCAUCACCACAAAACUCCAACUCCUCCACCCACUGUAAUUGGCCUGAGAUCACCUGCUCCAAUGGCUCCGUCACCGGACUUUCCCUCAUCGACAAAACCAUCACCGGGCCAAUCCCACCGUUCAUUUGUGACCUCAAAAACCUCACCGCCAUUGAUCUCCAGUACAAUUACAUCCCCGGACCCUUCCCUACGGCUCUCUACAACUGUACCAAGCUUGAACAUUUAGACCUCUCCCAAAACUUGUUCGUGGGCUGCAUUCCAGGCGAUGUUGACCGGUUGUCAACUCAUCUCCGGACCUUCAACCUCAGCGGCAACAACUUCACCUGCGAUAUCCCAGCAGCCAUCGGGCGGUUUCCGGAGCUCACAACCCUUCGGCUUUAUCUAAAUGAGUUUAACGGCUCUUUCCCGCCAGAAAUUGGCAAUCUGUCAAGGCUCGAAAUGCUGGAGCUGUCGGACAAUGAAUUUGCACCGAUGGCGAUAUCAUCCACCUUUACCCAGUUGAGGAAACUUAAACAACUAUUGAUCAAAGAUUCAAGUUUGAUCGGUGAAAUCCCAGAAACAAUUGGGAAUUUAGCAGAGCUCGAGGAAUUGGACUUGUCAAACAAUAACUUGACUGGUACAAUUCCGAGUUUGCUUCUGCUGAAGAAUUUAACAAUAGUAUAUCUCUUCAAAAAUCACUUGUCCGGGCCAAUUCCUCAGCCCAUUGAAGCUUUGAAGAUGGAGGAAUUUGAUUUAUCCGAAAACAACUUGACAGGAACAAUUCCGGAUGAUUUUGGUACACUAACAGAGUUGUCAGUUUUGUCUCUAUUUUCCAAUCAACUCUCGGGGGAGAUACCGGAAAGCAUUAGUCACCUUCCAUCACUGAGAUAUGCAACAUUGUCCAGCAACAAUCUCUCUGGAACAUUGCCACCGGACUUGGGGCAAUAUUCCAUUCUUCAGGGGUUUGAUGUCGCCCAGAACCAUUUCACCGGUAAGGUGCCAGAGUACUUGUGCGCUAAUGGUGGACUAAUAGGAAUUGCGGCAUAUGAUAACAAUUUGAGUGGUGAAUUGCCUAACUCACUUGGCAAUUGUUCGAGUUUGUUGAUUGUUCGGGUUAAUGGUAAUCGCCUUUCUGGUAGUAUUUCAGCUGGUCUUUGGACAUCAACCAAUCUGACAUUGUUGAUGCUUAGCGAUAACUCCUUUACCGGUCACCUUCCAAGAACACUUGCACCAAGUUUAUUACGACUCGAGAUCAGUAAUAACAAGUUUUCCGGUGAAAUCUCAACUGGGUUGUCUUCUUGGAAGCAUUUAACAGUGUUCAGUGCAAGUAACAACCUCUUUGUUGGUACGAUUCCACAAGAAUUGACAACACUUUCUCAAUUGACAACUCUGCUGCUCGAUGGGAAUCUAUUUUCCGGUCAUCUUCCAUCAGAUAUUGUCUCAUGGAAGUGGCUGACCACUCUGAAUCUCAGUCGAAACCAACUCUCGGGUUCAAUUCCUGCCAAACUUGGUUCUUUACCAAGCCUCACUGUUUUGGACUUGUCAAGGAAUGCGUUCUCAGGUCAAAUUCCAACUCAGAUUGGCCUUUUAAAGCUAACUUCCCUCAAUUUGUCUUCCAACUGUCUCACUGGAAGAAUCCCAUCUGAGUUUGAAAAUACUUUUUUCAAUGCCAGCUUCUUGAACAACACCGGUCUUUGUGCAAGUAAUCCAUCACUCGGCCUUGAGAUCUGCUCUUCUAGAUUUGAAAACUCGAGCAAAUUAUUCUCCAGGCUUCUCGCUAUAAUCAUAGGUAUAGCAACAGUCUUACUUGCAUCAGCUAUGCUACUCACAUUCUUCCUAAUUAAAACCAAGGGCCGCGAAUCGGAUUCCAAGUGGGAGUUCACUUACUACCAGAAAUUGAAUUUGAGUUUCAAAGAGUCAGACAUUUUGUCAAAUUUGACUGAAAAUAAUGUGAUCGGAAGUGGUGGGUCGGGAAAAUUAUAUCGUGUUGAGUUGAACUGUUCAAGUGAAAUUGUAGCAGUUAAGAGGAUUCAGAAUAUCAAGUUGGAUCAAAAGCUCGAGAAGCAAUUCCUAGCAGAAGUUGAGAUAUUGGGCACAAUUCACCAUUCCAACGUAGUGAAUUUGUUGAGUUGCAUUUCUAGUGAGACUACAAAACUUAUUGUUUAUGAGUAUUUGGGAAACCAUAGCUUGGAUAGUUGGCUCCAUGGAAAAAAGAGGCAAAGCAUAUCGGAUUCAGACCUCGGUGUUGUCUUGGACUGGCCUAAGCGGUUGAAAAUUGCCGUGGGAGCUGCCCGAGGGCUAUGCUACAUGCACCAUGAUUGCAAACCUUCAGUAAUUCACCGAGAUGUGAAAUCGAGCAAUAUUUUGUUGGAUUCUCAGUUCAAUGCAAAAGUUGGAGAUUUUGGCCUAGCCAAGAUAUUGGUAAAGCAUGGAGGGCCUAAUACGAUGUCAACUGUGAUUGGCUCUUUUGGCUACAUUGCUCCAGAGUAUGCUAGGACAAGCAAAGUGAAUGAGAAGAUUGAUGUCUAUAGCUUCGGUGUUGUCCUUCUAGAACUAGUUACUGGUAAGAAAGCCAACGAUGAAAAUGAAGGUAUGUGCCUUGCCGAUUGGGCAUUUCAAUAUUACAAUCAAGAAGGCAGGCACAUAGUUGAUGCCCUGGAUGAGAAGAUUAAAGAACUUCAUUACUUGUAUGAAAUGGCUUGCGUUUUCGAGCUUGGGAUCAUUUGCACUAGCCCACUUCCCUCGAAUAGGCCUAGCAUGAGGCAGGUUUUACAAAUCUUGCUCAAUUGCAGCCAUCAAUCGGGAUUUGGAGGGGGGUAAUGUUGGGAGUGAGAAUGACUGCUGUUCUGACUUCUCUGAUGAUUUUAGGCAGGGGAGCAUUUUUUAAGUGAGACUAGGAGUGCUUAGAUACCAAUCCAACCCCGCGAUGUGCCCGUGUAGAAGAGUUUGUGCUGGCAUUCAGUAUUCCUUGUUUGCCACUUCGCAGACUAUAAUAACUAAAAUUGUUUGACCGCUCAAGCAGUGGAGUGGUUCAUCCAGUAUUUCAGCCUUCAUUCAGAAACUGUUGAAAGUCCAAGGAGAGCAUAAAUUAUGUAAUCACAUGAAAGAUAUAUAGUAAAAAAAAAAAUAUGUAUAUAUGUGUGUAUAUGCUUCCUACUUUAUUUACAUAUUCAUAAGAAGCAAUCGUAGCUCUGAAGCAAGGAAAUUACAGAGGAAACAACUCUGAGAAGCACAGAGAAGCGCUGAUGCAGCGAUUAUCGAUGGUUUAUACUCUAAAUACUUGAUUUCUAUUGUUAAAACAAGCAUUAAAAUCAGAUUUCAAGCUAUUUUGUGUAUAUAGCAAGAAUUGAGAAUAUUAUUGAUUACGGUAAUGCGAUUUGAAGAUGAUUUUUGAA